AUGCCAGGCGAAUACGCACAUGACGACUGGACCUGGACUUGGUCCAUAUUCCCCCUUUCCUGCCUCCUUGCCGCCUUGACAUUGGCCACCUUCGUCCUCGCAUUCCCACCAAGCAAGAGCAUCUACCGCAAGGUAUGGAUGUGCAUCAUCGCCAUACCAGUAUGGUACGCAUUUCGAUACUGUGACCACGUCUCGCACGACUACCUCAUCAACGACACAUUUGCACGGACCUGCAUCAUCUGGCUCUCGCACGCGAGUUACGAAAUCUGCGUGCUGGAGUUCAAGCCACUCUUGAAUCGCGAAGAGUGGGGGCGACGAAGCAGUGGCCUGCUGAAGCGAACAGAAGUGAAAGAGAGGUUCUAUCAGGCUCGCAAGGUCCUGUGUGAUCGCAAUCAUGUGCAGGUUGCUCAGAACAAGGGCCAGUACUUGCCUGUAGCGUCGGAUCCCUUCAACGGCGACAUGAAGUACACGAUCACUGACAAGAAAACCGAUGAGCACGUCGGAACUGCCACACGCAUCUCACAUGGUGUGCCCAUCCCGGAAGGCCAUAGCCAUGGAUACACGCGCUGGAAGCUUGUGCGCUAUCACAUCGUCAAAUGGCUCGUCUUGCGUGUUAUUCAGCUUGCCCUCGCGAAAUACGAAUCGACAUGGUCCCCUAUGAUACUAUACCAAGACACUAACCACACAUUCUCGCCCACCGUCAAGAUGCUGUACCAGAUUUACUGCAACUUCGAGGAUACGAUUGACUGGUGCUUCGGAAGUAUCAUGUUAUACGACUCCUGGCACAGCGUCUUCGCCAUCUUGUUCCUCGUCACCUAUCUUGACGAGCCCCAGGAAUGGUCUCUGUCUCUCUUCGGCAACAUCAAGAAUGCGUGGUCGGUGAGGAGCUAUUGGAGCCGCCACUGGCACAAUUUCAUCUACCACUCCUUCAACGGCCACAUCAAAUGCGUCACGCGAGGCUGGCUGGCCAUGAAGCGCGGAACACUCUCAACCCGCCUGACUGAGAAUACAGCCGUCUUCUUCUUAUCCGGGCUUAUGCACACGGCCGUCCGCUGGCAAAUGGCUCCUUGGGCCGAUAUCUGGGCCAUCACAUUCUGGUACGUGGCCCAGAUGGUACCCAUCAUCACCGAGACUGCUUUUGUACCUUUGUACCGGAGCGUGAGAGUAUACGCGGCGAAGCGAUGGCAGUUCAAAGAGGAUGCAGAGUGGGUGGUCCGCAUGGAAUAUGCGGCUGGCUACUUUUGGGUCGCAAUUUGGUUUGGGUGGUCUAUUCCAAUGUAUUACCAUGUACGGGAUCAGCGGACAGACAUCUUGAUCGAGAGACUCCGACUCGAAUACCUGCAAGUGGCGCUGGCAAAGGGCAAUAGGACUGAGUAG